CCAAAUGGGAGAGGGCCGACCGUGUAUAUCUUAUAUACACGUGCAUACAUCGUGGACGGCGCACUACUUGCUUGCGUAUCUCCCUCUGUCAACUCGCAUCGCUCUUCUUGCAGCCCGUCUCCUUGCAGGACAUCCCCGUGAUGAACGCAGCAUGGUGCACCAACAUUCGCGAUGGCAUGCACGUCUGCUCCGACGGCCCCUCUUCCGAUGAUGACGUCGACGCCGGAGCCAUAGCGAAACAAGGAGUGCUGUCAGGGACCAGCCAGCAGCGUCAGGCACAAGAGACCGCAAGGGGAAAAGGCGAAGAUGGUGGCGAUGGCGAUGACGAUGACGAUGACGAUCCAGAAGCACACAUUUCCUUCAUAGAGACGCCAUUCACGAUUGCGGCGCGCAACGCACACGCCAGCGCCAAAGCGCGCGCCGCGACGGUACGCUACGCUGCGGCGGCGGCGGCCUCCUACUCCCAGCGCCAGCCCCGCUACCGUGCCGAUGCUGACAUACAGGCCGGCGGCCCGCGCCCAUUUCUGGGCACGCGCGAGAAGCCGCCGCUGGUCCGCGCUGUGCUGCGCCUCGCACCCUUCCCGCCGGCUGCGCUUACCCCUGCACUUGACCGUCUCGCCGCUGCAGCGAGCCAGAAACCAUCAGAGCAAAGGCAGCGGCAGCGGGGGAAGCAACACCCAACACAGAUGCAAAUGCGACUGACGUUCGACCCGGCGGCGAGGGACGGCGUCUGCGAGCCCGCGCAUACCCGCACGCACAUGAGGCGCGAAAAGGGGCACGGAGAAGCACACCUCAGCACAGAGACCGCGCGACGCUCCGAGACGUACCAGCUCAGCGAGCAGCACGGAUACGGUCGAGGCUUCGGUGUGCAUGGCAAUGCUGAAGCGGUUGCUCAUGAUGUAGAGGAGGCUUCCGCCGCGCCUCAAGCGUCCCAGCUCAGUGCUCGCGACAUUACCACGACGACAAAAACGACAGACGCGCAAGCGCUAGUCGAAGCGCCCGAGCGCUCAUGUUACGGCGAUUUGGCGCCUCCGGGCACCCUUGAAAGAGUAUCCUCACAUGCGUUCUACCACCGCGGGCCGCCCAGCAGCGGCAGAAGCAGCAGCGCGCCCCGCCACCGCCGCCAGAGCAAGAGCGCGAAUCUCUUUCGUACUGUCAUUCCCCGCCCGCAGAUGGAAGCCGACGAAGCUCAAGGCCAAGCAGUAGAUGCAGACCGCGGCACGCCAUUCGUCGCUGGCGUCGAGCCAACUUCCUCUCCGUCUACGCACGCCGGCCCUCACAAGCGCACGCGCGAGCGCGAAUGCGAGCUCGUGCAGGCGAUGCCGCCACAUCUCUGGUCUACGCUGUGGGCGUCCCGGCUCGGUACGAGCCGCGGCGGUGCUGCUGCCAGCUGCAUCUCGGCGCGCGCAGCAGCAGCAUCCGCCGUCCAGCGCACGGUACCACUGCAGGGCGCCGCGUCUGCGCACUUCCGAUUGUGCGGACUUACUAACGGCGGCGGCACGAGCACGGGCACAAGCAGCAACGGCAGUAGAGAGUCAUCCAUUCCUCCUGGUCCGCUCGUCUCCUCACCGAUCCACAAUGAACACCGCGAUGAUUCUUGGGCUUGCACGACAGUUUCAUCACGCUCAGCUCCAACUCCAAAGCCCGGAAGCUCAACAAGGCCCCGCGGGCCUUCGUCGCCAUCGCCAGCAGAACCGCCGCCGCAUCUCUUAACAUCAUCACCUUCUUCUCUAUCGCCGCCGCCGCCACAUUCACCUUCUCGCUCUAAGCUCUUACUGACAGCAUCGCCGCAGAACGUCCAGGUUUUGCAGACGAAAGUUAGCGCCGGCCGCGGUGCACAGCGCAGGCUUGCCCUGUUCGAGCCUUCGCCCAUGCGACCGCGGCCUUGAAUCAUGAUAAGCCGGGAUCAGAGCGGCCGAAAGGGGAGGGGAGAUGGGAACUGCAGGUCACUCGUAACAGACAGCAGCGCGCCUAUAUUCCCUGCAAUGCCAUGGCG